AUGGAUGAUUCAGAAGGUACCCCGUCAUUUCUUGUUCAACGUCGAUCGAAAAAAAAUCGUCAAACAAAAACUCAAUUGGUUUUUGAUGAACAAGCACGAAAAGAUUAUCUUAAAGGUUUUCAUAAGCGAAAACAAGAGAGACGUGAACGAGCACAAAAAGAACUUGAAGAUGAAAUAAAAAGUGAUUUAAAAACUUUAAGACAAAAACGACGUGAAGAUAUGAAAAAAAGACAUGAAGCAUUAGGUUUACUUGAUACAGUUGAAAAUAAUACAAAAAAACGAGUCAUUGAAUUAAAAAAUCAUACAAUUGAAAUUGCUGAAAUUGAUGAUCAAUUAAUCUCAAAUUCUGGUUUAACUAUGGGUCAUAAUCAAAUAAAUAAUAAUGAAAUAGAUGAAGAAAAUGAUGAUGAUACUAACAAAAGCAAUAUGAAGUUAUCAUCAAAAAAGACGACAAAAAUGAAGAUGCCAUUAUCAAAAAAAAUGUCUAAACUACAAAAUAUGAAAGCCACGCCCUCAAAGAAAAAAGGGCAUCAGACUAAUAAAGAGAAACCAAGUAAACCAAGAAAACCACGACGUACAUCGAAUAAACUUGGUAAAAAGGGUGGAAUUCAAACACCAUCGAAAACGAAGAGAACUCGAAAAUAA